UUAUGAUUUUUAUAAGAAAAUUAGUUAGUGGGUUUUAGGUAUAUUCAAAGUCUCUGUGCUUUGUAGCUGCUUGAGAAAAGGAAGAUUGAGCUGAGCUGAAGCAUAGAGGGGCGGCUUCUCCCUUUUGUCCGUGUGGAGCUUGAGCUGUGUUAUGUAUGUAAUGGAACUCUAUCGUCUUCCAUAUUUUGCACUAACCAAAACCUCAUAAACCCUCCUCUCUUCAGUUUCUGAGAGAACAAGGAGUGUCCAAAAUGGCGGCUUCAUAUCCCGAUGAUUUCAAGUGCCCUAUUUCUCUGGAGAUAAUGUCGGACCCUGUAAUACUAUCCUCCGGCCACACCUUUGAUCGCUCUUCAAUCCAACGCUGGCUCGACGCCGGUCAUCGGACUUGUCCAAUCACCCAAUUGCCCCUUCCUGAAAACCCUUCUCUAAUCCCUAACCAUGCCCUCAGGAGCUUAAUUUCAAAUUUUAACCCUGUUUCCCUUUUCAAGCCAUUUCUUCCUCAUCCACCGCCCCAAACCCUAAUCUCGAUUCUCAUCUCUCCUUCUGCCUCCCUCGAUUCCAAGCUCGAUUGCCUCAAUCAACUCGCCAGGGUGUCAAAGCGCGAUUCCGUUAUGCGAAGAAAAUUGACCGAGUCUGGUGCCGUCUCGGCUGUUCUUAAAUGCGUUGGUUCUGACGAUCCGACCCUCCAAGAGAAGGCCCUGUCGCUGUUACUGAAUCUUAGUUUGGACGAUGAUAACAAAGUGGGUUUGGUUGCAGAAGGGGCUAUUGGUCUCACCGUCGCAGCUCUUCAAGCCAGGUCCCCUGAUUGCAGAGCCGUAGCCGCCACGAUGCUGACGAGCUUAGCCGUUGUGGAGGUCAACAAGGCUACAAUUGGGGCAUAUCCCUACGCGAUUCGCUCUCUUGUUGGUCUCUUACGAUACGGCAACAACAGAGAGCAGAAGGAAGCAGCAACAGCACUUUACGCCAUCUGUUCGUACCCUGGGAACCGUGUACGGACUGUGGAAUGUGGGGCUGUUCCCGUUCUGCUUGAAAUUGCCAAUUCGGGGCUGGAUAGAGCAGUGGAGGUUCUGGGGCUUUUGGCCAAGUGCAGAGAAGGUCGAGAAGAGAUGCAACGGUUCCACGGAAGUAUGGAGAUUUUGGGACGUGUGUUGAGAAAUGGAGCCCCAAGAGGAGUUCAAUACGCUCUUCUAACGCUGAGUUCGCUCUGCUGCCAUAGCGAGCGAGCGUGCGUGGAAGCUAGAAGAGAAGGCGUUUUGGGAAUCUGUAUGACAUUGAUUGAUGACGAUAACGAAAAGAUCAGAGCAAAUGCUGCAAAUUUGAUUCAUAUACUGCGAGGAAACAACGCAUGAGAAGAAGGAAUCAAAUCGGAUCUUCGCCUGCGGUCAACAAUUGGUGGGUUGGUCUGGUUUAUUUCUUAUGAGUCUAUGAUUCAUGUGGAGUGUAAACGAAGGGAUUUUGUUGUGGCGUAAUGUCGAUCCCUCAUUCUCUUUACCGAGGUGAGUCCAAUUUCUUCUCGAUUAUGGGUUUGUACUUUUUUUUUUCUUUUCUUUCUUUUUGGUUGGAUAGUUUCUGUACAAAACAAAAACAAAAACAGAAUCUGGUAAGAUUGUGGUUCUUUAUAUAUAUAAUAUAAAUUGAAAUAAAGAACAAUAGAAUGAAUCAAGUAGUGCAGGAUUUUGAUAAAUUUAGAUUGUUUUCUUUAUGAAAGUUUCCCUUUUGAGUCAACAAGCUAGCGGCGUUGUCAUGCGUGGGUGUUAAAUGUAAUGAAAUGGUGCUUAAAUAUUGGUUUAGGUAGUUAUAAACUUGUAUGAAAACACCCCAUAUUACUUGCUUCUUCUGCUGGAGAGGAAAUUCUAAUGGGAUUCGGAUUCUGAAGAUAAAGAAAAGUUGUGUAUUUUUCAGCCUUGAAUCUGGUUUGAAUAAGAGAGUAAAUGUGUGGUUUAGGGGUUGUAAGAGGAAGGUUGGUGGUUGGAAGGUGAUUGGCGUGGCAAAGGGGGAUGGACUGAGGAGGAACAUUUGUUGUUGUUGGUCAUUUUCAUACGCCACCCACGUAGGCUCCAAGGACAAUGGAGCCCUCCUCGUUUGUUCUUCUCUUUCUUUCUUCAUUAUUUGUCCAAUCUCCUCCUCUGGUUGUUGCAAAAGGGGAGCCUUGUCGUCGUGUCGAGGUUUCAACUUUUGGCCAUUUAUAGAAGAUUCCUCGAUUCUUUA